AUGGCUCUGAAUAGAAGAAAAGAGACGACGAGCGGCCUUUUCUUCAUCAGUACUAAAUUUUCAACCUUGUGCAUAUGCCUCAUAUUUCUUGCCAUCAAUACUGAAGGAGAGAGUAGCAGCAGAGAAAUUUUGGAGCUCACUAUUGGUGGCGGCAGUGGCGACAGAGGCGGUGGUGGAGGUGGAGGUGGAAACAGAGCACAAAAGGAGAAACUUUGGAGUCCAUUUUGUUCACUUCCUCCCCACUUUGCAUUGCAAUUUCCACCACCACCUCCCGUCGGACCAGAAGUUUUGGUCUUUGACGACCAAAGGCUCGCUGUGGUUUACCCUGUCAUCCAAAAAUUCAAGGCCAUAAUCACCUCAGUCCCUCUAGGCAUCACCAAAUCCUGGCAAGGUUUGGACAUAUGCAGCUGCAAAGGAUUCUACUGUGACAAUCCACCAGACAACAAAACUGCCAUUGCUCUCGCCUCCAUUGACUUCAACGGAUUCCAGCUUGGCGUCCCCACCCUCGAUGGCUUCAUCAACCAACUUCCAGACAUUGCUCUCUUUCAUGCAAAUUCCAACAACUUUGCCGGCACCAACCCUCCGGAUAUUGCCAAGCUACCUUAUCUCUACGAGCUAGACAUAAGUAACAAUAAAUUGUCAGGCUCAUUUCCAACGGCAAUUUUGGGAAUUAAAAGCCUAACCUUCUUGGAUAUUCGGUUCAAUCUUUUUACUGGGUCCGUACCAUCUCAAUUAUUUUCACAGAAUCUUGAUGUCCUCUUCAUUAAAGAUAACAAUUUCAGGCAGAUGCUGCCUGAUAACCUGGGCAACACUCACGUUCUUUAUCUUAUAUUAGCCAACAACGGAUUCAUGGGUCCUAUCCCAAGCAUUAACAAAGCUUUGUCCACUCUAACUGAAGUUCUCUUCCUAAACAAUAUGCUAACUGGUUGUCUGCCCCUUGAGAUAGGAUUUUUAAAGGAGGCGAGGGUGUUCGAUGUAGGAAACAAUCGGCUUACAGGUCCAAUACCAUUCUCCUUGGGUUGCCUGGAGAUGGAGGAGCUCAACUUUGCCGGUAACCUCUUCUAUGGAAUGGUGCCAGAGGUGCUUUGUCAACUCCCAACUUUGUUGAACUUGUCUUUGUAUGAUAAUUAUUUUAUGCAAGUAGGGCUAGCAUGUAGGAGCUUGAUUUGGAAGGGGCUCUUGGAUAUUAGAAAGAACUGCAUUCCUGAUCUGCCAUUUCGAAGAUCCGUAGCUGAAUGCGCAGAUUUAUCUCAGUACACAAGGUUCUGUCCUUACAUGAACUCACAUUCCUUGCAAGCCUCGGCAUCUUGGUUCUCCGGGUUCUUUGAUUCCCUAAAAUGGCUGCUUAGCCUUGUCAUUCUCUUUUCAUGCAAACCACUUUGA